CACUCUUUGCUAAAUAUGAUAUUUGAAAUUCAACUUGGAAUUUAAUCAUAUUUUCAGUCAUUUCACAUUCAAACUGAGAGAGGCCGCAAGUAGCUGAGCUUUAUAUUCACGUGACUCUUACCUUAUCAGCUCAUCACAACUGCUUGGCCAACAGAAAUAAUCUCCAAUUGACAGACUUACAAUAGCUAAUGACUUGCACUCUUAAAAGUAAAUGGUUGAAUCAGUCAAGAUGUCCAAAGACUCCUCCCCAAACCACAUCCACUUCCACCACCCACGCCUCGCCGACCUGUUCGAGGACUUCAACCGCCCCUACACCUCAAUCUUCCCCAGCAACACAGGUGCAGGGGCCGGCGCCUCCUCCUCCAACCCGGCAACAAAUACAGCAUCAACCAUCAUCAACAAUCCGUCCACAAACCCUUCCUCAACAACCCCGGCCACCAUCAACUCUUUCCUCCCCGUCGAAGACAUCUAUGUGGCCCCGCAACACCAGCCUGUGAACCCUGAGGAUGAGGACGACGUUGUACCCGACCAACAUGCCGUGUUUGGUAUUACGCGCGCCAUGGAUUCGCGGCGGGAGGUUGUGUGGAGGGAUUUGGCGCUGGAGGAGCUCAUGCGCGGGGCUAGGUUGGCGGAAAGGAGUAGGGGCGCUGGAAUUAUUGUGGGCGCUGGUGGUGGGGUGGGCGGCGCUGGCUCUGGGGGAAUUAGGAGAGGUGGAUUGGUUGUUAGUGGUGUCGGUGGUGUCGGUGUUGGUGGCAGUGGGGCGAGGAGGGUUAUGUGUCUAAGGUGAUGGAUGAGAAGGUAGACUUACGCGAUUCCUGAAUGUUUUUUGUGAUGGGGUGGAUGUUCUGGUUCUCACUUUAUAGGCGUUUGGUUUUUAUUUCGCAUUGUUGAUCUCUGGAGUUCAUGGGUGGACGGGAGCCUUGGAUGGGGGAAAGGGUUGUUUUUAUUGUUACGCUCUUGUCAAGAGGAGCUUCUAUGCGCUUACGAUACCCAAUUGUUUGAUGCGGAAUAUUUAGAUUCCUGGAGCAAUUGCAUUUAUGUGAUGAAUUAACCCAUUUGGAAGCAUGAACCCUUAUCCCUAACGCCGGUCUCGCCAAAAUAGUAAUCCAUGACACCCAUUCGUUAUUAUAGACUUCCGAAAUUUUCUUAGAUCCUAAUCACAUCCACUCUUGCCCGUUCAUA